UGCCAUUAUAGGCGUUUUAUUAGCCUAAUCUUUUGGCAAAUUAUGGGAACUUCCGGAUUGUUUGUCUGGCUCAGUAUUUGGCUGACCAUUGUGUUAUUGAUGGUGACACACAGCCAACAACAACUACAACCAAUUACUGUCUUUAUGGAUGGGGAUUCGGGAAUCAACGCAACCCGGCUACAAAUUCCGUCGGAGAUAUUCUCCCUGGUUCCACUGAACAGUACCACCGUCCACGUUACCAAUGCCGUGUGCAGGACCCUUCGACAGGGCUCGGGAUUAUGGUUGGGACUAUGCAGUGCGGAUGUGUGCCGGCAACUGGCAUCGUUCAGCCAAGCUAUGCACAUUCCACUGGUCAUCAGCGCGGCGUAUCACGUAUCCACCGAACAACCGUCCUAUGUGCUGAAUGUGCGCCCGCCUACUAUGACGGCCGUGGGGGAGAUUGUCCGUAAGCUGUACAACUGGACGGAGGUACUGUACAUCACGGAUUCACAGACAAAAUUUGACCAAUCACUACUACUAUAUUCCCGUCAAUUGUCGCAGUUAGGCAAUGAAGUACUGAAACCGUACAUGCGACAUUUUAUUGUCCAUUCGGUGGAGGAAGCCGGCGCCCUUAUCAAGGCAACCGUUCUGCGUAGUCCGAUACGGGAAAGCCAGAUUAUCUUCGAUAUGCCGGUGGGAAUGGUCAACGCCAUUCUGCGGGUUAUGCUGCAGGAUGACAUGGUGCGCCAGCGGCAUUUCCACUUUGUCCUGGCAUCUCUGGACUACCAAGAAAUCGCUCGCGAUAUUCUGCGAUAUUCUUCCAACAGCUUCACAGCCUUGUCCAUGCUCGACGACUCCGCUAAAAUCACGACGGAGGACGCAUUAGUGCGCGACGCCUUGGGUUUCAUUCAGUCUGCUACUCCAAGUCUGGGCGCGUCUAAGCGAAAUAUUUCGCUAGACUGUGCAGCUGCUCCAUACGAUACCUGGGCAAAUGGCGAAAAUACCAUAGGACUACUGAGGACUCACUCGUACAAUGGACUGACGGGAAAGUUAACGUUCAACGCGACAGGCAACCGCAAAGGGUACCAGUUCGGGGUUAUGGAGUCGCUCCACGGACGAAAUCUGACUAAAAGAGCAGUGUGGAGUGACACCAACGGGCUGCAUCUUCUAAAUAACGAUACCGGAGAUGCCAAGACUCCUCUCAAAGUUGUAGGAAUACUGACGGACAGAUUCCUGAUGAUCAAUGCGUGCAACUCCACUCCCGACGUGCGGACGAUACGGUUAUCAUCGAGCAGCGCUGACGCGGCCGCUUCCGAUCAGUGCUACACGGGAUUCGUGGUGGAUCUCCUGCACGAAUUCGAGAUCACGGGUAACACCUUUAAACUCCACCACAGUCAAGGCCACUAUUACUACGGUAACAAUAUCAACGGCACAUGGACCGGCGCUGUUGGCGAACUCCUACAAAAGAAUGCGGACCUGAUUGUCGGCGACCUGAGCGUCAUUGCCGAGCGGGAAUCUGUGCUGGAUUUCACGAUCCCCUUUAUGAAUGACGGUUUCAUUAUCCUGAUGCAGAAGGACGCACAGAAGACCUUCGAUAUUUUCAGCUUCAUGUCGCCGUUUUCCGCGCGCUUAUGGGUAUCCCUGCUGCUGGCCCUCAUCGUGUCCUUUGUGAUUGUCCUACUGGUCGGCCGGUUGUCGGCGAUGGAGUGGCAGCGGCCGUCGGACCAGCCGCGCAACGGACACCGGCGUCUAGAAAACCAGUUUACUCCACAGGAAUCCUUGUGGCUGAUGAUCGUUACACUUUUACAACAAGGACCCAACAUCGCGCCGCAAUCCUGCGCCACGAAAAUUGCUGUUGGCUCCUGGUACAUUUGGGGGUUUAUUGUGUGCGCCACUUACACGGCUAACCUCGCGGCCUUCCUGACCCUGAACCGCAUGACCUCGACCAUUCAGUCCGUGGAUGAUCUGGUCGGUCAAGAUGAGGUUCGCUACGGUAUUCUGGAAGCUAACAUGGCCUCCACGAAUUUCUUCCGUAAUUCCAAAGAACCGAUAUACGAGCGAAUGUGGAACACCAUGCAGCGGCGUGACACCUUGGUAGACAGCGUGAAGACCGGACUGGAGCGUGUGCGUCAAGGGAAGUUCGCGUUUAUCGGCCCGAAGACCGUGGUGGACUUUGCCGAUCAGGGACAGCCGUGUGAUACACGCAUCGUCGGACAGCCGCUGUACUACGCUAAUUACGCGGUGGCGGUGUUCUCGGGUUCACCGCUUCGGAAGACAUUCUCUGAAGCCAUACUAAAACUGAACGAGAACGGCGUACUAAAGACCCUGGAAAAGAAAUGGUUCAGCAGAGAUGAAUGCACAAGCGGCGAUGGAAAUUCGGGUGCCGGAAAUCUAAUUCCUUUGAAUCCAAACGAGGUGUCCGGUUUGUUUCUCAUCCUCGCUAUUGGACUGACAGUGUCGGUGGCCGUGGCGCUGGGCGAAUACUUUCGCAUUGGACGGCGUCGGUUCCGCAAAUACGGGGUGACGUUCAACGAAAUCCUCUUGACCGCGCGAAAACCAACGGAUCAGAGCGCUACGGAGAAUCAAUCCGAAAUGAAUUUAACAUCCAUGGAUGCCUCCUCCUCCCAAAACAGUUGGCUGGAACUAAAGCUACCCGGUACAGUGGCUGCGCGCGAUAGACAUUAAUAGCAUUCGGAUAUGCAGGGGCUCGGGCUAACUAUGUGCCAAUGGUUCCAAAUCAAGACUGUUAUUAGAGAACACUACUCGAUCCUGAUGUCUUCAUUCUCAGUUUUUUUAUCUGUUAACUAGUACCCUCUAAUCCGUGCCGCAUGUACUGCAACAUUACAGCUGACGCUGCAUUAGUUUCGAUGAACUGCAGUUCAGUCUGGUUCAACAAAACUGGCGCUUUGCCGUCAGCAUAAUUUCCCCGCACGCUAAGUGCCAUACAAGUACGAGUACUGGAUAAUUGCUUUGUCAGAAUGUUUCA